AUGCCCGGCAGCAGCAGCCAGGAAGAUCGCCACGGCUGGAAGGCUGCUGGUAGGAUGCGGGUGAAAGCACCGGACAAGCGACCGCUGCAGUGCUUCGUCGGGAACGGACAGGAGCAGGCGUUGCUACAGAUGCGGAGUAGACGGACACGUCGCGAGGACAACUGCAACGCCGCGAUAAGACUGCAAUGCCCACUUUGCGCCGACGUGGCAAACCGGAUGACAAUUGACGAGCAAAUGACCUUCGAGGAGAACUUCGCCACUCUGCUGCAGAGAGUGGAGCGAGUGGCCGUCAUGUUGAGGCAGAUUCUGCCCAGCAUCGGCGGUGCGGUGUACAGGGUCCGGAAACAUUACACUUCGGUGAUAAGGUCGAUGGCCCUGUACUGCGCACCCGUUUGGUCGCGAGGUCUGACCGCGAAGCACGACAUCGCCAGGCUGCUGCGGCGUCUUCAGUGA